UUUUAUCACUUCUUGGUUAGGACUGAUAACUAUUCAUCUGCUAUCAUGAAGAUCUUGGUUGUUAUUGCUCUUUUCGCUUGCGCUACCGCAUUCAGGCUUCCACCUGCGUACAAACAAGUACCACAGGAACCUAGGUUCGAAAAUGAUGAAGAUGACAAGAUCGUCGGUGGAUACGAAGCUAAAAAGCAUGAAUUCCCAUUCAUUAUUUCCCUACAAAGAUAUGGUUCUCACUUCUGUGGUGGUAGUAUCGUUUCAAGCACCAAAGUCUUAACUGCUGCUCAUUGUACUAGAGCUGUUUCCUACUGGCAAAUUACAGCUAACGCUGGUAGACAUAACGUCCGCACCAGUGAAAGCACCGGUCAAAGCAAAUCUGCUUCUAGCAUGUCCGAACAUUGGGGCUACAACUCCAACACUUAUCGAUAUGAUGUAGCAGUCGUAAGAUUGUCAUCUGCUUUUAAAUUCAACAGCUACGUUAAAACCGUAACUUUAUCUUCCUCAAACCCAAGCAGUGGCACUAGAGUUACUGUUGCCGGCUGGGGUACUCUUAGCUCAGGUGGCUCUUCUCCUAGCAAGCUCCAAAAAGUAGAUGUCUAUGUUGACAGUUAUAGCAGCUGCAACAGUGACUACAGUGGUAUAAUUGAUGAUUACACUAUGCUUUGCGCUAGUUCAGGCGGUAAAGAUUCUUGCCAAGGAGACAGCGGCGGCCCAUUGGUUCGCGCUGGUACUAGCACUCAAGUUGGUGUUGUCAGCUGGGGCUAUGGAUGUGCUGAUAGCCGAUACCCCGGUGUUUACGCCAAAGUCGCUGCAACAAGAAGCUGGAUCAAUUCUCAGUAACUUAGUUGCUAAAACGUCUAAAAAAUUGGUUAAAAGGAAUGGAACAAACUCAUAUAUAUCCUAAAUGAUAUUACUUUACUUGAUAGUAUACGUAGUUUAGAACAAGUGAGUCUAUUUUGUUAGCAAUAUUCAUGACUUAGCUCUUCCAUUGAUGCAACUACUUCUUGUAUUCUUGAUGUUAAAUCGUUAACAAAUCGGUGUACUGAAUGCAGUUGAAUUAAGGAAUAAAAUCAAAGUUUUAUUAUCAUCAUCAAGGAUUUCAAUUA